CCGAGUUGCUUAGAUUAGAGGAAGGAGAGGCUUUCAGGUGGGGUGGGAAAAGUGAGUUUUAAUAGGUGAUUUUAAUUAUAGUUAUGGGGAAGAAACAUAAGAAGCAUAAGGCGGAAUGGAGAUCUACAUCUGCCCCGAGUGUAACUGCUACUGGAACCGGCGCCGCUGCUUAUGACGAUUAUAUGGACAAACCUUUGGAAAAGCCACUGAAGCUGGUGUUGAAAGUUGGGGGUAGUGAAGUGACAGAGCUUUCAGGAUCAGGACAUGAUUCCAGUUACUAUGAUGACCGAUCAGACCAUGAGAGAGAGCGACAUAAGGAAAAGAAGAAGAAAAAGAAAAAAAAAUCCGAGAAAGAGAAAGAAAAGCAUCUUGAUGAAGAGGAAAGGCGGAAGAGAAAGGAAGAGAAGAAAAGAAAAAGAGAGAAGGAACAUUGUGAUACUGAGGGUGAAAUGGAUGACUUUGAUCCAGGAAAAAAGGUUGAAGUUGAUCCACCCUCUGAUCGUCCAGUCCGGGCCUGUAGAACUCAACCCAGUGAGUAAUUUAGAUUUAGUAUA